AUGGACUUGGAAACCGACACAACCCUCAAACCGACCGAUCAAAAUGUUCAAGAUGCCGACGAUCUCGCGGCCUUUGGCCAUGACCAGAGCUUACAGCGCAAAUUCAACAUCUGGAGCAUGUUAGCUCUCGCUUUUUGCGUCCUUGGCACGUGGUCGACUUUCGCACAAGAUCUCUCGGACGGCCUGAUCAAUGGUGGUCCAGUCUCUAUCCUAUGGGGUCUUUGCUUGGUUACAUUCUGUAACACAUGCGUGGCCCUCUCUUUGGGAGAAAUCUGUAGCAGCAUGCCCACGGCUCUGGGGCAAGCUUACUGGAUAUUUCGACUGUGGGAUUCCCGGUUGGGUCGGUUUGUGUCUUAUAUGUGCGCGUGGAUCAAUGUCUUUGGCUGGUGGACUCUCGCAGCCUCUCAAGUCGCCUUCAUGACCAACUUCAUCCUGGGCAUGAAAGUCAUGUUCGAUGUCAACUGGACCGGCGCGUCAACGGGGUGGCUGGAGUUCGUUGUCUACAUAGGAUGUGUAUUCAUCCUGACCCUUGUCAACGUAGUUGGAUGCCGACGGGAAAAAUUCUUGCCCUGGCUGAACAAUUUUGUUGGCGUUUGGUUCUUUGGCCUGUUUUUCGUCUUUUUGUUGGCUCUCCUGAUCUCCGUUGGGACCAAGCAGGGCCUUGCUUACCAGCCUGCCAACUUUGUAUUUGGCAAGUGGAUUAACCAGACCGGCUGGCCAGAUGGUGUUGUCUGGUUCAUUGGCCUAGUGCAGGCUGCAUAUGGUCUGACAGCCUUUGAUGCUGUGAUCCACAUGGUAGAAGAAAUUCCCGCCCCGAGAAAGAAUGCCCCCAAAGUUAUUUACCUAGCUGUCAUUUCUGGUGCAAUCAGUGGCUUUCUUCUGAUGAUGGUGUGCCUCUUCUGUAUCCAGAAUGUGAAUACAGUGAUCAACUCUCCUAGUGGUCUCCCCUUCUUGGAGCUUGUUCAGGAGACUGUUGGAACGAAUGGAGCUGCCGUUUUGAUAGCCCUUUUCAUCACCAACGGACUUGGCCAAGGAGUUAGCAUUGUGACAACUGCUUCUCGUUUGACCUGGGGAUUUGCCCGUGAUGGAGGACUUCCUUUCAGCCAAUACCUGAGCUACGUGGACCCCGAAUGGAAAGCUCCAGUGCGGGCGCUUUGGUUCCAGGGAAUCUUAAUUGCUUUGGUUGGUGUUCUGUUCCUGUUUGCUGAGACGGUUCUCAACGCCAUUUUGAGCGUGAGCACAAUUGCCUUGACUAUUUCCUACGGCCUCCCAAUCAUAACGCUUCUGAUGGCCGGACGGCAAAACCUUCCUCCUGGUGGACAAUUCAAUCUGGGCAGAAUCGGAGGUCCGGUGAAUUGGGUCAGCAUUGUUUACUGCUGCAUCACUACCGUCUUUUUCUUCUUCCCGUCCUAUCCCAAUCCUUCGGGGAGUGAUAUGAACUACGCUAUUGCCGUUUUUGGUGUGAUGCUGGUUAUCGCUCUUUCCUUCUGGUUUGUUCAAGGUAGCCGGACCUAUUUGAACACCGAGGAGUCAUCCAUUGCGCAGGUGAUUCAAGCACAGGAUGGGAUGGCAAAUGAGACUCCCGUCCCUCAGCCGAAAAAGGCGGAGGAAGCAACCUCUCGGCACCGGGAAUAG